ACCUAACGUCCACACAGUCGGCAGCGCCCUCCCGGAAGAGGUCAGUGUGGGGUUCGGUGAGUGAGUGAGGUCCGACAGCAGGACGGCCUGCGGCAGAAAGCUUAUGAAGGCAGCUUUGAUUAAGGAUGACGUCCCUGUUUGCUCAAGAAAUUCGCCUUUCUAAAAGACAUGAAGAGAUAGUAUCACAAAGAUUAAUGUUACUUCAACAAAUGGAGAAUAAACUUGGAGAUCAAAACAAGGAAAAGGCCCCUCAGAUGCAAACAACUGAGACUGCUUUACAAAGGAACCUUAGUCUUUUAAAGGAUAUAGAAGCGGCAGAGAAGUCUCUACAGACCCAGAAUCAUCCAGUUCCACCACCUGAGGUGGCUUCUCUUGAGACUCUUUACUGGGCAUCAGUAGAAGAAUAUAUUCCCAAAUGGGAACAGUUUCUUUUAGGAAGAGCACCAUAUCCUAUUGGUGUUGAAAAUCCAAAUGAAGCAGAAGAUACCAUUCAAAAGGAGGUGCAGCAAUAGCUUCUUCACAUACUAUUUCAAAAACCUAUUUAGGAAAGCUGAGUGUUAAAGAAUAUGCAGGUCACUGCAGGAACUUUAGGAAUCAGACAUGUUCACAUUGUCUCAUUACUUCCUCAAUGACAAUGAAGAUUUGAGAAUCUACUUGGAACUUUCAGGCCGUCACUGGGAGACCUACUACUCUUUCAGUGUCAUGAAUUUGCUUUCUACCAAACCCAUGGAAGUGUUAAAAGCUGAUAAUUGAA